UGUCAGGUAAGGCAUUUGAAGUGUAGGAAUAUUGAUCAAACAGGAACUACUUUUUCUGUGCAUCCAAGGGAUAUAUGAAACAAGGACAAGAAUGGAGAAGACCGGGUAGAAAACUCUAUUCCACCCAGAACACAGUAUGGAGAGAUGUAUUGGCAUAUCUGUGGGUGUGAUCACCCUGUUCUUGUGUGUAAUUAAUGUUGGAGCCACCUGGACGGGGGACACUUUCUGGAAUUCUCGUUACAGUGUCCUCAAUCAUCCUUCAUUCUGGGGUUUGUGGUCCGAUUCUACAUCUGCAGCCGUGGACCACUACCAUCUGGGAAGUGGUGAAUAUGGUGGGCGCACCUGCUCGGGCUGUAGCUGUAAUGAAAAUGAUCGUGUUGUUACUGGAUGCUCUGGGACUGUGUACUUGAAGAAUUAUGUUUUUGACAACCUAACAACAGAGUCCUUCGCCUCGUUAACCUCAGUGACCACAAUAAAAAUUAUCAAUGUUCCAUCCUUGGUGUUGAUCGAGAAGGGCCUCCUAACUUCAAUGACCAGUUUACAGGAACUGACUAUUACACAGACUGGACUAACAGCUGUCCCAGACAUAUCCAACACGGCCAUGACCAAAAUGAUGCUUGGUGAAAAUGCAAUUAAUUUGUUCAACCACAACUUCACCAAAAUAAACUGGCCAUCCACACUGACACAAGUAUCUUUGAUUGAGAACAACAUCAAUAUGAUACCAAAUGGAUAUUUCAGUGGCAGUAAUAUUGAAUACUUAGGUCUAAGUAGAAACCAGUUGCGGUAUGUUCCUGGACCUGCCCUUAAAGAUGUCAACACACUUCUGUUUUUGGGUGUAGAUGAGAACUUGAUCACGGGAGUUUCCAGGACCCACCUGUCCUAUUUUGCAUCAUCUCAGCUGCUACACCUUAACCUGAGUAAUAAUGCAAUCAGAUACAUCCAGCCCACAGCAUUGGAACAACUGGGCAAUCUGAAAGUUCUAGAGCUCCAUGACAAUGAAUUGACUACGAUGACAAAAGGUGUAUUUUCUAACAUUCCUAAUCUGCUACAUUUAGACUUGGUUAAGAAUAAAUUAACCAUUCUGGAGGAGGAUAGUGCGGCUAACCUGCCUGCUUUGAUCACAUUGAAACUACACAGUCAACAGCAAGGUGAUGGCCUAACCAACAUCUACUACAAUGCUUUCAAAAACAUCAAUGGCAAUCUCACAAACCUGUGGGUGAGUGACAAUGCCUUGACCAGCUAUCCUCAUGUUGUGUUGUCUGAGCAACAGUAUGAUAAACUCACAAAGGUGUUUAUCGACAACAACCGGAUCACCAACAUGACCCUGUUCAGUGACGAUGGGUUCUCUCCUUCUGCCCUGAGCCUUUUCGAAAAACGACAGAGAGCAUUUACGCUUUGGAGCACUUCCCCAAACAUUCGCUACAUGUACCUCCACUCGAACCUGAUCCCAGAGUUCCUGUCCACGGACUUCUGUGAUCUGCCGCUCCUCUACUACCUUGAUCUGGGUACAAACCUCCUCACCAACGACAAGUUCCCAGACGAUUUGUUGACUUGCUUGUCUAAUCUGAAUUAUUUGGACCUGAGCAGUAACCAGUUCCAGUAUGUUCCCCAGACAGUCCGCUCAGCUAACAUGACGUCCCUGCAAACCAUCUUACUUAAUGGGAAUUACCUUACCUUCAUUGAAACAGGAACUUUCUCACAACUUCCCGAUCUCCAAAUCUUAUCUCUAGGCAGCAACAAUAUAGUUGUGGUUGAGAAUGAUUCGUUUCCUGGCACCAUUGUAUCCAUCACCUUGUCAAGCAACUGUUUUCGAUUUACACAUGAGAAUCCAUUUACAAAUCUCACGGCACUGACCACACUUACCCUGUCCAACAACCAGAUUGAUGUCAUCCCCGACACAGCUUUCUCUAACUGUACCGCCCUUAAUGACCUACAAAUGAUUUCCAAUAACAUUGGCUGGCUGACAAAGGUUAUGUUUUCGGAUUGCCCUUUGAACUACCGUUUCUCAGCUUCUAGCAACGAUAUUGCCUACAUAGAGGACGGAACAUUCGCCCACAUCAGCAGUAUCACCGUUCUGUUACUCUCAGACAACAAGCUGACCAAAUUUCCAAGGGGUGAUGACUUUUCUAACCUGAAUGUGAAUACUUUAGCUCUAAGCAGUAACCGUUUCACUGAAGUGCCAGCUGGUGUGUUCGUCAAUACUACUGUUGGUCAAAGUCUAACUCUGAGUGAUUCUGAGAUAUCAGUCAUUGAAACGGGAGCCUUCCAGUCUGUCUCUGUAUCUCAAACCUUAAGUCUGACUGGGAAUCCACUGAAAACCAUCCAGGAAAAAGCUUUCCAUACCGUGAGCUGUUCGUACCUAUCCAUGAAUGGCAUGCAGAUUACACACAUUCCAACUGGAGCCUUCCAGUUUGUGAGUUCGAGGAUUAUCUCCCUCCAGGAAAACGCCAUCGCCUAUAUUGACAUUGCAGCAUUUGAUGGCAUCAGUCUGUCUAACGAUCUACUUCUAUAUGGCAACAAAAUGACAACUCUUCGAGGAAAUAUUUUCGCUAAUAACUCUGUAAUUUCUCGAAAUCUUGAUCUCAGCCAGAACUCCCUGUCUUCCCUCCCGAACACGGCAUUCGAUGGGUUGUCAUCUGUCAAAGCAAUUAAGUUGGGUGAAAAUCAGAUGACAGAAUACCCAGCCACUGCCUUGAGCAAUAAGAAUGUGCAGACAGUGGAUGUAUCAGACAACAUUAUUGCGGAGUUAUCUUUGGUAGCCUUCCUAAACCAAGGCACAAUGAAGUCUCUGGACCUGAGUAACAAUCUCAUCACCAACAUCAUCCAGGGUGUGUUCGACCCUCUCGUAAACCUGGAGACUCUAUCCCUGAAGAACAACAGUAUUGGGUAUGUCCAGCCAAACUCAUUCUCCGCUCUGGGGUCGCUGAAGACGAUGGACAUGUCCGACAACAGCAUGUAUUUCUUUCCUAGUUUGCCCAACAUGACAGAGCUAACCUCUAUAGACCUCUCCAACAACCAGCUCGCGGCCUUUGAAAUUGCCACUUUUGAUGAGUUUGAGGGCAGUACAAAGUUUAAAACAUUGACACUGACAGGUAACAAUGGUAUCGGAUGUGACUGUUAUAUCUAUCAGACCCUGGAGAAGGUGCAGACCACCAUUAACGGAGGCUCCUGUGGCUCCCCAUCACAAACCGCUGGCAUCGUAUUUGACUACGCUGGAAAAACUAGUUCCAGCUACUUCUUAAACGCAGAUGUCAACAAUUUUCUGUGCUCCCCGCUGAAUGUAGCGGCCACAGCCUUGACCUCUAGCGACGUCACGGUGACCUGGACACGCCCUAACAACACUGUGGCUUCCACCUCCACAGCAACCAAUGCUGUAGCUGCUGCAUGGCAGUAUCAGGUGACAUGCACCGCCUCAGGGACAGGGACAAGCCACACCCAGUUGGUUACUGCUGUGUUCACACACACCUUUACUUCUGUGGAUGGUAUCCAAGGCAACACCGAGUAUGUUUGUGUGGUGGCGCUAGUGGUCGGAAGUGGGGGUAAUGCUUCAACCAGUGCAUCCAGUCAGCCGGGGGUCGCUACAACACAGCUGAAUGCAGUGGCAGGUGGUAACUCGUCAGCCUCUGCAAGUGACUGGAUACUACCGAUAGUGUACUACGAUUUCAGUGUAUCCCAUACCGACUUUACUGGAUAUGAAAGCACAAUAGUGUCUCAGCCGACCUACGUACCAAGCCCUUAUGGUGGUUGGUUGAGGCGAUCAAGUACACCUAGUUCGGAUACCUUCUCAGAAUGGUUUGUCAAGACUGGAAGCAAUCUAGCCUUCGAUAACAACAUCACACUGACUAUCACUUCAACGUCCCCUCCUACCCACAGGUUUAUUUCAGACAAGUUUUACCCGGUAGAUGGAUUAGGCUUUGGUGACAAUGAAAAGGACUGUCUUGGUGAAGAUCACAACUUGGGUUUUACGUCAGCGAUUCGGUCUGGUUUUGUGUACAAGGGGAGUGAGACAAUUGCUGUUGGGGGCGGAGACGACAUGUGGGUCUUCCUCAACGGUGUCCUAGUUCUGGAGGUCAUAGCCAGGGGAGAGGGCGCAAACAUACCCUGUAAGAAAAUCGACAUAUCAGCUGCUUCAUCAUCAGGUGGAGCCACCCUGACUCCCCUAUCGGGGUAUGUGGUAAACAGCCAGUGUGUCACUUCCAACACAGAAAUCAAUGAAAAUGUAACACUGGAACUUGAGGUAGGGGAGAGAUAUCACUUUGCAGUGUUCCAUGUUGAGAGGCUGCAGUGUGCUUCCAGUUUGUUCAUACAGACUGAGGACUUUGACUUUAUUGUGAAUCCUGAAGAUGAGCCACCCCGUGAUUAUGUCAUCAGCUUUGACGAGGAUUAUCAUGUGAACGGCAUCAUACAGGAAUUGGUUUUAUCGGAUGUCUUUUCCUCAGGUCCACCGUUCACUGUAGAUAUCAUCAGAGGAAAUGAAGCACGUCAUUUUACAAUGCUGGACAACACUGCUGGUAACCAGGCAGCCGCUGUAGCACCACCUGUAGUAACCCCAACCUUCACAACUGUCAACGGUAUCCAGUUUGUUGAGUGUUCCUCUCCGUCCUCUGUGACCCCUGAAGGACACGACACGGCCGUAGAAACCUUUACGAUAACUACAGAGAUUGGACUGUUCACGUUGGCCUCAGCCUUUGACUACGAAGCCAAUAACACAUACACUGUUGUAAUACAGGUGACAGACCCUGGUAGAACUCCCCCUGAUGGCAUAGUCACAGUCAAGGUGAAGGUCAAUGAUGUAAAUGAUAAUUGUCCAGAGAUGAACCAGACUACCUAUGCAUUGAAUGGGAAUCCUUCUCUGCAGUUAUCUCCCCUUGCCCAGGUCUUCGCAUCUGAUACAGACAGCGGAAACAAUGCAGAUAUCUUGUUCUACAUCUCCUCUAUUGUAGCGGAUCCAGAUCCUGUGCUUAGUUGGAAUGAGACAUUUAACCUGUUCAAUGAAGUGUAUGCUGCCAACACGACGCUUACAUUUUCUGUGAUUGCUGUGGAUAAUGGGGGGUACCCGACACGAGGCACCCAGGCAACCAUCGAGUUUGUCUCGGACAACUCCUGUCUGAUUGACGUGGAAUACGGCCCCAUCAGCUACUCCCUGGCGGUGGAUAACUCCACAGGCCAGGUCUACUUCAGGACCCCCGGCUACUACUUCUACCAAUAUGAAUGUAGAGAUGCCCUGGGCGUGGAGACUGGUGUAAUCCUAGGUACACAAAUGUCGGCGUCCUCCUCAGCAGACUUGACCAGUCCAGACCGGGGCAGGCUUAACAUCGUCUCUCUCACACAAGCGGACCAAGCAAGUCUAAAAGGGGGAUGGAUGCCUUCAACCAAUGACGGGAGUCAGUGGAUACAGGUUGUGCUAAACGAAACCUACAUAAUCCACCAGGUUCAGCUACAAGGCCAGGAGGAGGAGGACAACUGGGUCACAACGUUCAGUGUCAGCUACAGUUCUGAUGGCACUGUUUGGACGACUUAUACCAAUGCUUCUGGUGCAAGUGUGUUUGCUGGGAGUACUGAUCGGUCAACAGUGGUCACUGUAGAGCUUGACCCCAUCGUGGAAACCAACUACAUCCGUAUCAACCCUGUCACCUGGAACAACAACAUAGCCCUCCGAUUUGAGCUUGUUGGCUGUUCUGUUAGCAAGUACACAUACCACCGGACGACAUGUGAGCGAUGUCUGACCACCAACUACUGUGUAGGAGAUGGGACCUCGUUACCAUGUGGACGGUGUGAUCCGCUCCAGGCCAACUCCACGUGUGGACGCUCUCAGACCGAACACUCGUUUGGACUUGCGUCCGAAUGUACCACAUGUCCACUCGGCUGGCUGUGUAGUGAGGGGUACGCCACACCCUGCCCAGAUUAUCACUAUGCCACCUGCAAUGAUACCAGUUGCCCCACCUCCUGUACCCAGUGUGGGACUGGCUAUGCGUGCAGAGGAGGUCAGAGAUAUGAGUGUGAUGUUGGCACUUACUCAAAUGGAACAGUAGAGUUUUGUCAGCUCUGUGUGCCGGGGACGUACCAAGACCAAACGGUCCAAGGGAGCUGUAAAUUUUGUCCAGCUGGCUAUACUAGCUCCACAAUGAAGGAUCGGUGCCAAGUGUGUCCUUUAGAUACAUACUCUGAUGGGCUUGGAAGCACCUGCCUGAAUUGUCCCUCGACACUUGAGUGUCCGUGUCUGGUGACCGGCUCACCCUGUCAUAGUAACAGUCUCUGCUACAACAUGAAGAUCGGUGGAACUUACUCAACAGGUUGUCUCCCUUGUCCAGAUGGGUACACCGGAGAUGGAAUCACUUGUACUGACAUUGAUGAGUGUGCGCAACACAACCCAUGCUGGAACAACAGUGCCUGUAUAAACACGUCCCCGGGGUACCAGUGUAGGGCCUGUCCCUAUGGCUACACCGGCACUUUUGAGGAUGCACUCUCCAUUGAUAUACACAGGCGGACAUUUGAAUUGUACAACACAGUAUGGACCAACACCAACCAGUCCUGUGCUGACAUCAACGAAUGUCUCGUGAACAAUGGAGGAUGUAACGCCAAUGCCUACUGCUACAAUACUGUGGGGAGUUACUACUGCGGACUAUGUAAGCCGGGGUACGUUGGAGAUUCUGUCAAUGGCUGUCAGCUGGCCGACUACUGUGUAGCAGGUAUCCACAAAUGUAGUUCCAAUGCCGAAUGUUACUACACAGGUCCUGCGGAAUAUCGCUGUGAGUGUAAGGCUGGCUGGGCAGGAGACGGCUAUAUCUGUGGUGAGGACACGGACGUGGAUGGAAACCCAGAUUUAGGACAGUCCUGCUCUUCCAGGAAAUGUGUAAAGGACAACUGUCGGCUCAAAGUUAACAGUGGACAGGAGGACAUUGACGGAGACUCGGAUGGUAACAUAUGUGACUACGACUCGGACAAUGAUAACGUCUUCUACGAUGAGUCAGACAACUGCCCAUAUGUGUCUAACGUCGACCAGCUUGACACGGAUGGUGACGGGCGCGGAGACCUUUGUGACAACUGUAUCAACACAGCCAAUUUUGACCAGGCUGACGUGGACGGGGACGGGGUUGGCGAUGCCUGCGACACGGACAUUGAUGGAGAUGGCAUCCUUAAUGGAGCGGAUAACUGUCCAUAUGUAUCUAACGCAGGACAGACAGACACGGACGGAGACACAGUCGGAGACAGUUGUGACAAUUGUCUGUCUGUGUCUAAUAAUGCACAGACUGACACCAAUGAGAACGCUGUUGGAGAUGACUGUGAUGGCAGUGACAGAGAUGGCGAUAGUAUCCCCGACGCUCUGGACAACUGUGUCGAGGUUCCCAAUGGAGAGCAGACAGACACAGAUGGGGAUGGAACAGGAGACUACUGCGAUACAGAUAUAGAUGCUGAUGGUGUCCUCAACACGGUCGACAACUGUGUGUAUGUGGCCAACGCUGCACAAACAGACGUUGAUGGUAAUCACCGAGGAGAUGCCUGCGAGAGUGACCUUGACAAUGAUAGCGUGCUGGACGUAGAUGACAACUGUCCCAAGAAUAAAGACAUAUCAGUCACUACCUUUGCUGAGUACAUCUCACUGGACCUGAACCCAAGCUUGACGACGGAGAAAGCCCCAGUAUGGUCUGUACAGGAUGCUGGGCGUGACAUUUGGCAAAUGGAAUCCACACUGAAACCUGUCGCACUCAUUGGAAGCAAAUACUUCGACCAUGUGACUGUCACGGGGACGACCUUUGUGAACACAGACGAUUGUUACGGAUUCAUUGGCUUUAUAGUGGGUUACCAGAGUAACACCAAGUACUACCUUGUUACCUGGAGGCACAUUCACCUCAACCUAGAGGACCAAGGUGGCAUCAAGGGAGUGCAACUCUGGCUGAUAGACUCCACCACAGCUCCUGGGAACAAUUACGCAAAGGCACUGUAUCAUGGAUGUGACACCACAGACACAGCUACACUACUGUGGCAGGACCCGACUCUGGCUGGCUGGGAGUGUACCACUGGGUACAAGUGGACUGUACAACACAGCCCUUCUGUGGGCCUCCUCAGGGUGCUCAUUGAACAAGGGACAACAACCAUUGCCGAUUCUGGUUAUAUAUAUAAUGUGGCCAUCAAUGGUGGACGCUUAGGCGUAUUUUCCUAUAACCAGACCCAAUCAGUGUGGUCCAACCUUGUCUACAGGUGUACAGACAGACUGAACUAUGCCUUAGAGUUUGACGGAACAAGUACCUAUGGAGGAAUAGCUAAUCUGUCUGACCUGGCAAUAGUGAAAAGUUUUACCUUCGAGUCAUGGAUUUAUCUGCCCAGUGGCGCCCCCUCCACCAAACUACCGAUCCUGUGUACCAUGACGCGAGAGUUGUGUCUAUUUAUAGAGGGAAACACCUUCCACACUCAAAUUGGAUCACAUAUUGUAGACGGAACGACGACAAUUACUGCUGACACCUGGACACACAUCGCAACACGAUAUAAUGCUCAGCAGGGAACUUUGACAAUGUUUGUUAACGGGGCUGAUGGGGGAGUUACCAAAGAAGUAGAGAACACCACCAUGGCUGAGACAACAUGGGAUCCAACAUUGACGUUGUACAUCGGGAGGGAUAGCAACUACUACUUCAAAGGAAUGAUUGAUGAGGUGAGGAUCUACAACAUACAGAUACCAGAUGCUGAGAUUGAUACAUACUGGCAGAAGGCAGGCAUGGUCCGCGAGUACAAAAAGUUCACGAUGUCAGCUCACUACACAAUGGACGGCAACACACAGACCUCGGUGUUGACGGACCAGGGUCCUUUAAAACUUGAUGCAACACUUUAUGGAUCUCCAGCGUUUGUUGAGAGCACAACGGACUACUUCAGAUAUUACCACACCAACAACUAGACUUUGACUAAUGGACUUGACAUCGUAGACGGAUCCUCGAUAUUCUGUUAUGUCUAAUCCACCUUCAAGGUGGAAUACAAACUGCAAAUCUCCAAAAAAAGAUUUCAGAUUUUUUUAAAGUAUAUGCUUGUGUUAAGAACUUCCUGUUGUCGGAUUUACAACAGAGUAUGUCUUCAAAUAUUGGAGCUAAAAUGUCUUGAAUGUCCAGGCCCAAUCAAUUAUAUCAUUUUCAGGCUUGAAUUCAAACUUUUUGUAUUCAAAAGGUACUUUAUAUUUCGUGCAAAAAGGUUGAUAUUUUAUAAUAUGUUCCCUGUUUAAUUAUCAAGAGGACUAGAGUCAAAUCACCUAACGGAGCCGAGAUGUUUUUGUGAAAAAGAACAAAGAUCAUUAUAUGAUUCUUUCGUAUAACUCUUUUUGCUAUAGGAAAUGGGUAAAGAAUUCAAAGUUGGGGAAAAAUCAAAACUAAUUGGAUCUCUUUAUUUGAAAUAUAACCUUAAAACAAUGGGAUUAUCUGUCUUAAUUGUUUACUUUUCGAAUAUGUCCCAAAUAGUUUACGAGUUACAAGAAUGAUGCUUUGAUCAUUUAUCUUUAGUUUGAGACUGAGAAUGAUUUGAUAAAUAUAUAAACCCAUUAUUCCCAAAAAUAGAACUUCAAAUGAGAAUAUGCAUUGCCAUGCAUAAUUCAAAAUUGCUCUUAGCAGAAAUAGCUAAUAUCAAAUUUUGCUCAAGCAAUUCAAAACCAAGAAGUAUUAACGGUUAGUAUUGACAGUGGUAAAGAAGUGUUGUUUGAAGACGUAAUGAUUCAUCAUUGAAAAGUUUAAUUAGAUUUUGAAACUAUGUAGUGAUUACCUUGUCUUCUACACCCUUAGUAUAGAAAUGUUAAAUGUAGACUAAGUAAAUGUUAGCUGCCAAUUAAGUAUACACUACAUAACUUCACAGUGCGUAAGGUAGCAUAUACUCUUUAUCUUUUAUGAAAACUGAACAUGCACACAUACUUUUGUAAGUGAUUCCCUACCUUUUCAAUUAAGUUGCUUUGAUUUUAUGUCACCUGAUGGUACUGUAUUCGCUCUUCCGAUCAAAUUUCCUGUACCUGUGUGAUGAAAUAAUAUAGCAUGACUAACCCAUUAGGGAUUGAUAAAUGCUUCUUACUGGUUAAUAUAUAUUUCUAAUAUUUAUUUUAUGUGCACCCGCUUUUUGUGUAUUUUAUACAGGUGCUCAUUGUAUAAAUUUGUUCGCGUAAACUUUUAUUGUAAUGAACUGCUUGUAAUUUUGUAAACUCGUUUAAAGUAACAUCUGGAUGGAUGGCUCCAUAUCACUGUGACAUGAAUUAGAAUCCUAUGUGAACUAUCACUGACUUACAUUAAUAUUUAUUUAGAUAUAUCAAGUGAGAAUUGUUUACAAAUACAAAAUGUCAAUAUCUGACAUCAAACGAUUGCAGUGU